CUGCCUCCCUGACCAUGACCCCCCAAUAACCCACCCUUCUGUAUCUCUAGUACAUCUCUCCUGGCUAACCAUUAGCAGCUGACAUCCCUCUCUCUCCCUACAACUUCAAAGCCACAUUUAUUUCAGCAUCCUAUAGCUACAACUUCCCCACCCUGUCCCUCUAUUUCCAAACCCCAAGCUCUCAUUUCAGUCAAACAAACUGCAUCGAUCUCUCAAGAAGGGCCAAAGGACAAUGCUGGACAAGGAAGACUGGACGAGGAUGCUCCCCAAGAGCUCGAGCCAGAAGACGCUCCGGGCCGCCAUGCAGGAGGAGCGAGCCACCAUGGCCAGCCGUCUCCUCUCCAAGGACCCCUCCUCCGUUUCCAACCCCUCCUUCCGCGUCUACUACGGCGUCGCCUCCGCGGGCUCCGUGCCUUUCAUGUGGGAGUCGGCGCCGGGCACGCCCAAGAACUCCAUCUCCGACACCACCCUCCCGCCGCUCACCCCGCCGCCGUCCUACUACAGCAAAAAGGGCGCCGCCGCCAAGACCAAGUUCUCCAAGUCCCAGUCCUCCAAGAAGCUCUUAUCAUCCUCCAAGCCGGCUAGCUUCGUCCAAAGCAUCCUCCCCAAGCUGCGCAGGAGCCACACCAUGCCGUCACGCUCACCGACGUCGGCGCCGCCGUCCAAGGAUGGCGCACAGGUGCAGUGCACCCGGAGCCGGAGCAGGCUGCUGGCAAGCCCGCGGUCGUCGUUCUCGUCGAACUCGAGGGGAGACGAGGAUGAUGACGGCGGUGCGGCGUCGUCGCCGACGUCUACGCUAUGCUUUCGGACGCGGCACUCCGGCGGCGGCACCGGGAGGCUGCAUGGGCUGCUGGCGUCCGUGGUCGGAGGGCAAGGUACCGCUGCCUCUUGAUUAUGGUCUGGAUCUCCCAGUAUUCUUGGUGACAUUUCCUCUUGGUCGUGUGCUACUACGGCUGUGCUACGUCGUCUUGCACACACUUACCUUGAGGAAAUUACAAGGAGGGCUUUGUACGUUAUAUAACAUGGGAUAUGAACAAUGUAGUAGUGUUUUUAGUAGGAUGCACUCAAAACAGGUGAUGAUUAAUUUCUAAUUUGUUCAUGCUGAAGCCAAAAUAAUGUGUCUUAUACAGAUCUAUGUGUUUGUGUCA